CAUCGUGCGCAUCAAAGUCGACAUUGCAAUUCCAAUCAACAUCCGUCCAUACUGAGCACCCACACGCACGACCGCCGCCACCACAGCCAUGUCGAGACGUUACGACAGUCGCACUACCAUCUUCUCGCCCGAGGGUCGUCUCUACCAGGUUGAGUAUGCUCUCGAGGCCAUCUCACACGCCGGUACCGCUCUGGGAAUCCUAGCCACCGAUGGCAUCGUCCUCGCAGCGGAGCGCAAAGUCACGAGCAAGCUAUUGGAGCAGGACACCAGUGCCGAGAAGCUGUACAUUCUGAACGACAACAUGAUCUGCGCCGUCGCAGGCAUGACCGCCGAUGCCAAUAUCCUCAUCAACUACGCCCGUCAGGCCGCUCAGCGCUAUCUCCUCACCUACAACGCCGACAUCCCAUGCGAGCAGCUCGUGCGACGACUAUGCGAUCUCAAGCAAGGAUACACACAGCACGGUGGCCUUCGUCCUUUCGGUGUCUCCUUCAUCUAUGCCGGCUGGGACAACCAGCGCCAAUUCCAGCUCUACCAGUCGAACCCCAGCGGCAACUACACUGGUUGGAAGGCGACGAGUGUCGGUGCAAACAAUGCGAGCGCUCAGUCUUUACUGAAGCAGGACUACAACGAGGACUGCAACCUGAAGCAGGCGUGCGAGUUGGCGGUCAAGGUGUUGUCGAAGACGAUGGACAGCACAAAGCUAUCGAGCGAGAAGAUUGAGUUCGCUACGGUCGGCCGGACGGAGAAGGGGACAAUCUACCAUCACCUGUGGGCUGCCGACGAGAUCGACCGGCUACUCAAGGAUCACGGAUUGGGAAAAGCUGCCGAAGAGCCGGAGGCAUAGAGGACAACGGUGCUAGGGCUGGUAGAACGUGUACACUACGAGCAUG